AUGGAUAAUAGGCCAAAAUUAAUUAUAAAUUUUUAUUUUAUAAAAGAACCUAUUACACAAUUUAUUGGUUCAUUUAUUUUGUCAUUUUUUAAUUUUAUUGUUUUAUCUACAUCAUCAAAACAUUCAAAUAUUGAGGGGCAUUCAUUAAUGUAUAGUGGAUUAAUGUUUAUCCUUAUCAAAUGUUUUACUUUUAAAGAAAAUUGUUGUUUUAAUCCAAAUAUUACAAUAUCUUUAGUGUUAACAUUAAAGAAAAAAUUACCUAUAGGAAUAGUUUUUGCAUAUCUAUUAUCAGAAAGUAAUUAUGCAAUAAAUGAUAAAACACCAGGACAUAGCUAUAAUGAAUUUUUUUCACCUUAUUUGAUAAAUGAAAAAUUACCAAAAUCAAUUUUAUUGUGGAUAGAAGGAUUUUCUAUUUUUAUUCUUGUCUUAACAUCAUUAAUCAAUAGGCGUAGGAAGGAAUUUUAUAUUGCACUUUCACAGUUUAUUUUAUCAUAUAUCUCUUUUCUUUUUUAUUUUAACAAUAAUUUGGGAAAUAUUUUUAUGCACCUGAAUACAGCAAUCAUUGUAAAAUUAUUCACACAAAUACCAAGCCCUUUUAAAAUAUUUUAUAUUCAUUUAUGUGCUUCUUUAAUUGGAGUUAUUGGUGGUUGCAUUGGUUAUUAUAUGUUACAAUGGAAUGACUCUGAUAACAAAUCUGAAGAGGAUACUAAUAAUGUUAUAAUGGAGCAACAAAAGUAG